AAAAAAAAUAGUGAAGAGGUCCAAGUCUAAGUGAAUACACUGCAUUAUCAAAAAAUAGUCACAAGCCAUACAAUGAGAUAGAGAAACAGAGAGAGAGAACGCUGCUCUCAGUCAGCACAAAUUGUAUCUUUUACCCGGCAUAUAUGCCGGUACACCAUAUGCUAGCUCGUCAGUCAGAGGUUUUGCAGCAAAGAUGAGAUAGUGAAAAAGAGAGAGAACUGAAAUACCUUGGUAUCUUGCCGUCGACUGCUCUAGGUGUGGCCGUUGGUUGAGUCGCUUCUGUUGAGGACCUGAGGUUCUUAUAUCCUUGAGGCUUCAAGAUUUGACAUCUAUUGCUCUCACUGCUAACUUAUUAAGGAACUUUAGCACACAGAGAGAAAGAAUUAUAACAUCAUGGAGGAUGCUAGGAGGGUUGAAGAAGGGUUUGGCCAUGCACCACUUGAGAAGAAAGAUCAUAAUGAGGCUUAUUUCAGUGAAAAACUAGAUGGAACUGAUAGUGGGGAUCGCAUCGAGAAUGAGAAAGAUGAUAGAAGGGCAGUGCUCAAUCAGCCAACUGAACAAAACGUGGAAGAACAACCACUGGUUAAGCCAAAGAGCAAGAGGGUUGCAACCUUGGACGCAUUCAGAGGCCUUACCAUAGUGUUGAUGAUAUUAGUAGAUGAUGCUGGGGGAGCCUAUGCCCGUAUUGAUCACUCACCAUGGAAUGGUUGCACUUUGGCGGACUUUGUGAUGCCCUUUUUUCUCUUCAUUGUAGGGGUCGCUAUCGCCCUCGCUCUCAAGAAAGUACCAAAUAUCAAGCAUGCAAUUAAGAAGAUCGUUAUUAGGACAUUGAAGCUUCUUUUUUGGGGAAUUAUUUUGCAAGGAGGAUACUCUCACGCACCUAGUGAGCUGGUUUAUGGAGUUGACAUAAAGCACCAAAUCCGAUGGUGUGGCAUCCUCCUGCAGAGAAUAGCUCUGGUAUACUUUGUUGUAGCCUUAAUAGAGACCCUGACAACCAAGCUCAGACCAACGGUCCUGGACUUUGGACACAUCUCCAUUUUUACUGCAUAUCAAUGGCAAUGGAUUGGAGGGUUCGUUGCCUUCCUCGUUUACAUUAUCACAACAUAUGCACUAUACAUUCCAGAUUGGAGUUUCGUGUUACAAAACCCUAAUGGAACAGCAAAGAGAUACACAGUACAAUGUGGGAUGAGAGGACACUUAGGACCUGCAUGUAAUGCUGUUGGAUAUGUGGAUCGACAAGUCUGGGGCAUUGAACAUCUCUAUUCACAGCCUGUUUGGAUACGCCUGAAGGCUUGCACUUUUAGUUCUCCAUAUCAGGGUCCAUUACGUGAAGAUGCUCCAACUUGGUGCCAAGCUCCAUUUGAACCUGAAGGCUUGUUAAGUUCAAUUUCAGCUAUCCUCUCUGGGACCAUUGGCAUCCAUUAUGGGCACGUUUUGAUUCAUUUUAAGAGUCACUCUGAAAGGCUUAAGCAAUGGGUCUCAAUGGGAUUCGGCUUGCUAAUCAUAGCCAUCAUUCUUCAUUUUACAAAUGCGAUUCCUAUCAACAAGCAACUCUACAGCAUAAGCUACGUUUGUUUCACGGCAGGUGCUGCUGGUAUUGUCUUCUCUGGGUUCUAUAUACUGAUUGAUAUAUGGGGACUUCGAACACCAUUUUUGUUCCUAGAAUGGAUAGGAAUGAAUGCAAUGCUGGUGUUUGUGAUGGCAGCUCAAGGUAUCUUUGCAGCGUUUGUAAAUGGAUGGUAUUAUGAAAGUCAAGAUAAAACACUAGUGUAUUGGAUCCAGAAGCAUGUUUUUAAUGAUAUUUGGCACACUGAGAAGGUAGGGACACUCUUAUAUGUGAUGUUUGCAGAAAUCACAUUUUGGAGUGUACUUGCGGGCAUCUUGCACAAAUUGGGAAUACACUGGAAGCUGUAACCAGCGAAAAUUGCAACAAGAUUAAUGGAUGACUGACAAUUUGAUAUACAUGCAACAUUCAGAUGUAGUUUGUACCUUUGUUGUUGUUGUUGUUGUUUUUU